AUGGGGGAGUACCAACCACACUUGCCUUUCUGGACUACCAAUUUGACCCCUCCUGUCAGUCAUGAUUACUGUGCACAUGACCUGAUCGGUGCGCAGUGCCGUGCCCAUCCCGACGCGCCAGCAAUCAGUUCCUGGGAUGGCGAGAUGACGUACGGGGAGUUAAAUGCCCUCUCGACACGCUUGGCGGACUACCUGAUUGCGCACGGGGUACAGGCCGAGGUCCUGGUCCCGAUACUCUUUGCCAAGUCCCAAUGGAUGAUUGUGGCUCUCUUGGGCGUGCUCAAGGCGGGCGGAGGCGUGAUUCUCCUGGCGGUCUCCACCCCGGAGCACAGGCUGCGGCAGGUGCUAGACCAAGCCCAGUCGCCGAUUGUCCUGGCUUCUGCUCCCUGCGUGGCAGUCUCUGGCCAUCUCCUCCGUGGCGCUCACGUUGUGGUGGUUGACCAUGACUUUUUGGCCCAGUGCUCUUCGUCCUCCGGUAGCGGCGAGGGAGCCCCGGAGGUAUCAGUAUCACCAUUGGGCUCAGGCUCAACGGCGAGAUGUGGCCCCCAUAACGUUGCCUACGUCGCCUUCACCUCAGGAUCAACAGGCGCCCCCAAGGGAGCAGUGGUGGAGCAUCGGAGCCUCUGCACCAGUGCCCUAGAAUUCAUCAAAACGGUGCAACUCGAUCCCCGCGUGCGGAUGUUUCAGUUCAGUGCCUAUUCCUUCGACAUCGCCGUCCUGGAGAUUGUCUUCACCUUGCUCUGUGGCGGGUGCAUUUGCGUCCCUUCAGAGGACGAGCGGAUGAAUGCGCCUGUGGCGAGCAUGGUCCGGAUGCGCGUGACGCACGCCUUCUUCACACAGUCCCUCUUGCCUUCGCUCGAUCUACAUCAGGUUCCCACACUGCGCGUGGUCCUGACUGGUGGGGAAACUCCCAAAGAGCACACUGUCCGGCAACUGGUUCAGUCCUUCGAAGUCUACGGAGUGUACGGGCCCUGCGAAUGCGCUGUGGUUGCCGCCGUCGUGCGCGGCGCGCACUCCGAAACGGAUUUGGGCGCCCCGUCGGGCUGCCGGCUGUGGAUUGUCGAUCGAGACGACCCCAACCGGCUGUGCGGUAGCGGUGAGACGGGCGAGCUCGUCAUUGAGGGCAGCAUCGUGGGCCGCGGAUACCUGGCCGACCGGGCGCGCUCGCGGGAGUUCUUCAUCGCGCCCCCGGCGUGGAUGCGUGCCCUGAACGUCGACCCGGUCGGUCGGCUGUACCGCACGGGCGACAUGGCCCGAUAUGACGAGCAGGGGAAGCUGUGGUUUCGAGGCCGCCAGGAUAGUCAGGUCAAGGUCAACGGGCAGCGGCUAGAAUUAGGGGAAGUCGAGGCUCGGCUGCAGGCGGAACUGCAGUGUUUGCGAGAGGAUGUUUUCUGUGUCCUCGCUAUUUUAAUCGCUGGGCAUACCGGCGGCGGAGAGUCCGGGGAGAAGCGUGGCCCUAGACGGUUUGACGCCAUGGUGGUCGCCAUGCGUUCCCGAUUGCGCGCUUCACUUCCAGCGUAUGCCAUUCCGUCCUUGUACAUCCCCAUACGCAGUGUGCCAGUCACUGUCAAUGGCAAGACGGAUCGCGAGCGACUGCUAGCCAUCCUCGCGCAACUUCCCGCAAGCGAGGCGAGACGUUUCACGGGCCCCUCUUCAACCGAUGCCCGAGCCCUAACUUUGACUGGUCCUGAGCAACAGCUCCGCGACGCAUGGGCUGCCGUUCUUAGAGCCAUGGAGAUUGGACCGAAGGAUAAUUUCUUCAGUCUAGGCGGCAGCUCGAUCCUCGCCAUGGAGCUGGUCUCCCAGGUUGGCAAGCGAGGACUCCAUCUGACGGUCAACCAGGUCCUCCUGCACCCUCUCUUAGCAGAUAUGGCAGCCGCAGCGGCCUCUAAUUCUGUUGCCGAGCCCCAGAUCAGUGUGGCGCACGAUUUGCCUGCCUUCUCUCUUCUCCUCGAUUCCGAGCGGGAGGUUUUGCUCCACAAGGCCAGCAAUGACUGUCAGGUGCCUGUCGCUGAAGUGGAGGACAUCUAUCCCGCCACCGCACAGCAGAUCUUUUCCAUCCACGCCGGAAUCACUUCGCGGUCCUUCCAAAUGGAGGCCGUGUACGCGCUCCCCGCCAUGCUGGACGAGGAGCGCUUUGCCCGCGCGUGGGAUCGGUUGGCCCAAACUCAUGAGAUCCUGCGGACUCGCAUGAUUCGCCAUCCCUCGGGGUCGGGCUAUGUCCAGGUGGUUGCCAAGACCGGAGCUGGCCUCGCCUCGCGCCGGGGGACAUCCCUCCAACAUUACCUGGAGGAAGAGCACAAACACAUCGUCGGAACAGGCGACCCGCUCUUCCGACUAGGGAUCGUGAAGGAUGGGCAAACCCAAGGCAAAUACCUGGUAAUGACGGUCAAUCAUGCGGGCUACGACGCCUGGUCGCUGUGGCAGCUGUUCUUGGCGCUGCGACAAGCGUAUGUAUCUGACGGGUGCCCCCCUCCUUCACCCCCAGGGCUCAAGUACAAGACAUUCAUUCAGCAGAUCGUGGCAAUGGAUCGCGACGCCGCCACCCGAUUCUGGACGGACCAUCUGAAGGGGGUAGAUACGCGACCUUUUCCCCCUGUCGCUAUGGACAAAAGCCAGCCCGUGAAUUGUGACACCCUUCUCACACGGCGGGUCCGACUCGAUGGCCAGUCCCCUGGGCCAAUGGCACUAUCCACCUUGGUCAACGCCGCCUGGGCUGUCACCUUCGCCGAGAUCCUGCACUGCUCCGACGUCAUCCUGGGCAUCUUCGGCCACGGGCGCUGCGCCGAUCUGCCCGGGGUCGGGGAUCUGAUCGCACCCACCAUGACCGCAUACCCGCUGCGCAUCCGUGUUCUCUCGGGGCAGACCGUUGGGACCCUGUGCCGUCAAAUCCAAGCCGACACGGCCGCGAUCACCGCAUAUGAGCAGUUCCACUUCCGCAACAUCGCCCGGAUCAGCCCAGAGAUCAUGGGUCUCUGCAUGAGCGCCGUGCGAUUGAACCUCUUGCCCAAGCUGGAGGUUGCGGCUCCAUCGUCGACGGCGGGGACGACAGCCCAGAGCGCACUACCCCUACCCUUACUCUGGGGCCAGCUAGCCGUAAAUUUGCCGUUCCGGCUGAGCUGCACGCUAGGUCCAGCAAGCGUGCAGGUCGAAGCAAUCUUCGAUCCGGCUAUCGUUGCGAUCCCCACUGUCGAGGAGGUCCUCCGGAAAUUCGAGUGCGCGUUGCUACAAUUGCGCCUCGCGCCGAUGGCGGCGGCGGGCGAGAGCCCGCGCGUCGACGAGAUCUGCUUGAAUGGCUGGGCCUCGUUGCCUGCGUCCGCGCUCACCGAGUCCAUUACCGCCGCGUCGGAGGAGGCUAAGAGGCAGAUGUUGGUAAGCUAUUGA